CGGGUCAUGUGACAGGGGCGGGGCUGUUCCCGGAAGUGAAAGCUAUGCUGAUGCUGGAAUAAACAUGGCGCUCCGGAGUGACGGCGGCCCGCUGCUCAUCCUGAGCCUCCUGCUGCUGCCGCUGUGCUCGGCGCGGCUCCAUCACCUCAUCCUGAAGGAUGACCAGCGACAGAAGGUUCGUCUGAACACCUUCGGCUUCUUCACUAACGGUUACAUGACCGUGAAUGUCUCCGGCCUCUCCAUAAAGGGGUACAGCAACCUCCCAGAAGUGGGCAACUGGCUGUUUGGCUUCAGCUUGGACCGGACCAAAAAUGAUGGAUUCUCCACGUAUCUGGACCGAGAACUCCAUGACUGUAUCCUGAAGAACAUGGACAGUCGCCCCAAGGAUGCCGCCCUCCUGCAACUCAACUUCUCAGCUAGCAGGGUUUGUCUGAGCACCGCUGAUGACAACCUCUUACCUCACAUCGUCUUCACCACCCCCAAGGAGGGCGACAAAGCAUCUGACGCCCCGAGUUCUCAGAAUAAACCAGAGAACAGCAAGCAGUCAGCAGCAAAGAGAAGGCGCCGAGACGCAGAUAAUCCAAGGAUGAAAGGUCCCACGACAAAAACUAAGGUGGACCCUAAGGCGGCAGGAAGCAAGGUGGACCCUAAGGCGUCAGAAAGCAAGGUGGACCCUAAGGCGGCAGGAAGCAAGGUGGACCCUAAGGCGUCAGGAAGCAAGGUGGACCCUAAGGCGUCAGAAAGCAAGGUGGACCCUAAGGCGUCAGAAAGCAAGGUGGACCCUAAGGCGUCAGAAAGCAAGGUGGACCCUAAGGCGUCAGGAAGCAAGGUGGACCCUAAGGCGUCAGGAAGCAAGGUGGACCCUAAGGCGUCAGAAAGCAAGGUGGACCCUAAGGCGUCAGAAAGCAAGUGUUUCCCCAUGCGGGUGCAGGAGGGGGUGGCCUCGUUUCAGUUCUCCUUUAAUGUGACUAAGCCGGAGAUGGAGGGACAGUACAGCCUGUACUUCCACAGCUGCAUCAGUGGGAACCGGCAGCAGAGCCCCUUCAGCCUGGAGAUCCACAUCACAGAGAGAAAUCCUGACAGCUUCCUGUCUGCAGACGAGAUCCCUCUGCCUAAGCUCUACAUCUCCAUGGCUCUGUUCUUCUUCAUUGCCGGCCUCAUCUGGGUUCACAUCCUCCGGAAGCGCAGAAGUGACGUCUUCAAGAUCCACUGGUUGAUGGCUGCGCUGCCCUUCACCAAAUCCCUCUCUUUGGUGUUCCACACGAUCGAUUAUCACUACAUUGCGACUCAGGGUUAUCCGAUCGAGGGCUGGGCCGUGGUGUAUUACAUCACUCAUCUGUUGAAAGGUGCGCUGCUGUUCAUUACCAUCGCUCUCAUCGGAACGGGCUGGGCCUUUGUCAAGCACAUCCUCUCGGAUAAGGAUAAGAAGAUCUUCAUGAUUGUGAUCCCGCUGCAGGUUCUGGCCAACGUGGCUUACAUCAUCAUAGAGUCCACAGAGGAAGGCAGGACAGAUUCCAGCCUGUGGAAGGAGAUCCUGUUCCUCGUCGACCUCCUGUGCUGUGGCGCCAUCUUGUUUCCAGUUAUAUGGUCCAUCCGUCAUCUCCAGGAAGCGUCUGCAACAGAUGGGAAAGCUGCUAUCAACUUGGCGAAACUGAAGCUUUUCAGACACUACUAUGUAAUGGUCGUCUGCUUCAUAUACUUCACCCGGAUCAUUGCCUUAGUCAUCAAGUUAGCAGUCCCAUUCCAGUGGAAGUGGAUGUACCAGCUUCUCAAUGAAUUGGCCACCUUCGUCUUCUUCGUGUUGACCGGGUACAAAUUCCGGCCGGCGUGUGACAACCCGUACCUGCAGCUUCCCCAGGACGAGGACAUGGACGACCUGGAAAUGGAGGCCGUAGUGACGACCACAGGAUCCACAGAGGGCAUCAAGAAAGUGAAAAAAGUCCAGAAUGGGUCGUCGGAGGGGCGCUCCGAAUGGGGGAACUCCGCCUGAAGGGACAAAUGACUUGGAUUUUAAUUUAUUAUUUACUCCUAUUCUUCAUGCAAGGACGCGGUUCACUGAAAAACGGUGCAGACGGACCGAACACAGUCCCUCAACCUGCACCCCAAAAAUCUGCCUCUACUGGAUGCCAGCGCAGCCCCUAUGUUUGGACACCCCCCCCUCCCCCAGCCCUGGUGCUUGUAAGAGGCGCUUUAAAAAAAUAUUAAUCUGAUGAGUUUUGUACCUCGGGGGCCGGCAAGCGGCAAUACACGCAGGCGGCUGCUGAGGACGUGGCUUGCUGGGAAUCCUCCUCCUCUGCCGGCCGCGUCGAGCAGCGAUCCGCCUGUACAUAUGUAGCAGAUCUACACGGUCUCUAGAACGUCCUGCUCCAUAUCCCGGAGGUGGACGCGCCGCGCUGCGCACCUUGUGCUUCCAGGACCUUGCUCGCUCUUUCAUUACUGUGUGCGCUCCGUGUAGUCACAGGAAGACUCUGCUUCCCUAAGCUCAGCACUGUGGCCCUAAGCUCAGCCCCCGCCAUGUUAUAGCAGCACUGUGGCCCUGAGACUGCAGGGGCCACCAUGUUAUAGCAGCACUGUGGCCCUAAGCUCAGCCCCCGCCAUGUUAUAGCAGCACUGUGGCCCUGAGACUGCAGGGGCCACCAUGUUAUAGCAGCACUGUGGCCCUGAGACUGCAGGGGCCACCAUGUUAUAGCAGCACUGUGGCCCUGAGACUGCAGGGGCCACCAUGUUAUAGCAGCACUGUGGCCCUGAGACUGCAGGGGCCACCAUGUUAUAGCAGCACUGUGGCCCUGAGACUGCAGGGGCCACCAUGUUAUAGCAGCACUGUGGCCCUGAGACUGCAGGGGCCACCAUGUUAUAGCAGCACUGUGGCCCUGAGACUGCAGGGGCCACCAUGUUAUAGCAGCACUGUGGCCCUGAGACUGCAGGGGCCACCAUGUUAUAGCAGCACUGUGGCCCUGAGACUGCAGGGGCCACCAUGUUAAUGCAGCACUGUGGCCCUGAGACUGCAGGGGCCACCAUGUUAUAGCAGCACACUGGCCUCCAGUGGUUUUACCAUCCGGUCCAGUCUGCUGAAUGUUAUAUCAGCGCUGUGGCCCCUUCAUUCUCAGGAUCUGUGGGGCCCCCCUAUCGAUCAUAGAGUAACAUGUCCUAGUGAUAUUCCGAUGCUUUACGAGAUUAGAACACUGCUUAAAUUUCGGUUUUUAGUUCUGUUUCUGGGAAAGCUGGGUGAUUACUAAUGGCUGCCAUCACGGCUCUACAUCACUCAGCUUUCCCAGACAGCCCCCCCCCCCCCUCCUUUUUGCAGGUGUCAUGGAGGCCAGAUUGGUUGUCACCCAGCUUUCCCAGAUUCAGAUACAGAAUUGUGUAAGUGAGUGGAGUCCAGAACUGCUGUAGUGUAUCUGAUGGUUGCCAGGGUGAUGAUCACAGCCCUCCCCCAUUACUACCUUAUGCACAGCACAGCCUCGCCUGGACCCUCCGACCGCCUGUAGUGCAAAGACAAUGUGAAUACGCAGGGGUUGGUGGCGGUGGAGCGGAUACGGUAGAGAAUGGACCCUUUCAGUGCUGCUUUAUAGGACGUGCGGAGAGGUCCAGGGUGGUUGAGACGUCAGCCAUAUGUAGAGGACUCUUGUCAGCUGCUGCAGAACUUCUUAGACACGUUCAUCAGGUCUACAUGGCCAUGGAAGGGGUUUCCGGUGCUGUAAACUCAGCUAAUGAAGUUACACAACUUUCUAAGACACCUUAUCAUUUCAUUCCUCUCCAUUUUCAACAUCUCUUCUUGCUGCCAGGGAAUGAAAACACUUGCUUACGUUCAGAAGCAAAAAAAAAAUAUCCUGUUGAUGCAGGUGUAUGUACUAUUGUAGACCGUUUCAAUUCACCCACAGCAAGCAGAGCUUUUCAAAACUGCGGAAGAAUUGACUGUUGAUAAAUCCUGCAACGUUCAGCCAGCGGACCAAAGGGGUUAAAACCGUUCUUGGCCAGUGGGGUUUUGGUACGAGGGACAGUUCGGGUGUUUUGUUUGUGGUGGGUUAUUUUUUAUAUAUAUAUUUUUUUUUCCUCUUCCAUUAACCUUUUUCUUUCCAGUGCUGAAAGGGUCAAAACGCAAGGUCUGGAAGGCGGCUGGAAGGGCGAGUGUUUUAAGAUGCAUUUAUUUCUUUUGAGAAUAAAAAAAAUAUAUAUAUAUAGAUUCUGGCUUUAUUAACCCUCGCUUGCUGUCGUACAUGUAGCCGGGGAGGGGGGGCCGAGAGAUGCAGCGCGGGGGUCUCUGCUUUACCUUCUAUGCAAGUGAAAUAAAAGGGGAGCGACAGAAGGUGUCGUCUAUUCUUGCUGAGUGUCCUGGUGUUACACAGAGAAUCCACCACCUCCAUCCCCUUUAAGGGGCGGCCGCACAGGGUUUGUGUCCUUAGGUUUUUGGGUCGUUUUUACCCAUACAGUUUAUUUUACUACCUUGCGUUAUUUUUUUUGUAUGCCUAGCAUUUCUAUUUAAAUAGGAAAGUAUGUGCCCCCUAAUGUCUCGUAGCGCAGCACGGGGAAAAUACAUUGGUAUAAAAAAAAAAUACAACACGG